CACUCACCGAAGUCUGGAGGCCACUCUCGCACAUGGUCAAGGUGCACUUGGCACCGUCUUUUGGAAGGCGACUCAAGGCGCGUGGCCAUCGAUACAACCAUCGCUUCCUCGUUGCUCUCGUGCUUGCUAUGCACGUCACAGUGUGCCUCUACUUGGGCCUUUGGAUCGCUGUGUGUGUGUUUGCCCGCGGAGCCGACGUGUCCAUGGCCAACGUAUACGCGCCGAUGGUGACGGUAUCAUUCUAUGGCCUUCUCGUAGCUAUGCACUGCCAUGCCAUCCUGGGCACACUCUUCCCCGGGAGGCUGUGCUUCCCUGUUCUCCGGCCGUCGACGGGUUUCUCCUUUGCGACCAAGCUUCUUCCUGCCCCGCUUUCGAAUGCGUCGCAGCAUUCCGAGUUCAUGUCGAUAAGUGAACGCCAACAACCCAUCGCCCGUCGCAACCGCCAAGAUAUGCAGGACACCCUUGUAAUCGUGUUCAACUUGAUGGAGAUUGUGUGUCAAAGUCAUCAAGCCCACGUCAUGUUUCGCAUGUCGGUCGAGCCGGUCAAGAUGCUGUCGUUUGGCCUCGUUGUGGUGUUUUACAGCUUUGCAUCGCCGUGGUUUUUGUUUCUAAGGAGCAUGCGAACCAAAGCGACGCUGUUCAACUUUGCAGACACAAUCGUGAGUUUCAUCUUGUCGACCGGCCACCCCCUCGCCUCCCUCGUCUUUACGCUGCUUCGAUAUGUCGUCGUCGACCAAACACUCGGCCAAGACAACCUGUGGGCCACGCAAUCGAUACUCCUCACGCGGCUGCUCGUCCCGUCGUCCGCGUUUGACUUGAUGUGCAAAAUCGGGAUGCAUCUUGGCACAUUUAUCGCGCUGCGCCGGUCGCGGUCGACCGUCGAGCUGCUCAAGAAAAGUCGCACGUCCCCACUGACCCGGCUAUCCCUUCGGCGGACAAGGUUCCACUGGGUCGUUCGACUCAACGUCGUCAUCAGUGUCGGGUGGUCCCUCGCGCUCCUCGGGGCCAUGAUUGUCGCGCUGAACUAUCGAGCGCAGUGUCCACCAUACUGCCUGGCCAUAUCGAGCCCAUUGUGGAGCCUCACAUGUGAAUGCGCCUAUGCCAACCUCAACUGCGUCAAGCUUGGGAUCGACGACCCCAUUCCCCUCCUUUCUCCACAGGCCAUUGGCACCAGCUUGUUCUACCUCCAAAUCAGUAGGUGUGCCGUCCCCAACGGCCUGCCCCCCGACGCCAUCGCCCCCUUUUCAAAACUUUGCAAAGUUCUCGUACUAUUCUCAAACUUAUCGACGUGGGAAGGGCCAUUGCCGCCGUCCGUGGCGUUCGUGUCCAUUCGAUUUAGCACUGCCCUGCGCGUCAUUCCAAACGCUUUGCAACAGGCGCCUCUGUCGCCGCACCUCGUCGUCAUCGUGAUCGAGGGCUGUCCGCUGGAGUCGGUACCAGCGGCAGUCGUCCAGGCGUGGUCUCACCUGAUCUGUCUCUCCCUCAUCAACGUCAACUUGUCAGUUCUCCCCGAUGGAAUCGGGACGCUGCCGCAUUUGGAGCUGCUCAAUCUCAAGCUCAAUCGGAUCACAACAGUGCCAGACAUGUUUGGAUCGCCACGCGACCUCCCAAACAUAAAAAUGGUCCGGUUGAACUGGAACAGACUUACACAAGUUCCCCCCGCUAUUGCCCAACGCAGCAACGUCGUCCUAGAGCUCAGUGGGAACCCUAUCGAAACAGCGGGUAAGACGACGCCAACCGCCCUGCAAAAGCGGACGGUCGUGCUCGAUAACUCGCCAUUUUGUGAGAACGCGACCACCCGCCCGAUCUCAGGUUCGUGCCGCCCAGUGUGUGGCUAUGGAUGUGAGGCCAACUGGAUCCACGAUCAUUUGUGCGACUGGGCUUGUUUCACGCAAGCGUGCAGCUACGACGGCGGCGACUGCGACGAAUUUGGGUUCGAUCUACCAAGUUGACAAAAAUUCGGUGUUCGCGAGAGAGUAGCUCUUUCAACGAGUGGCUACAAGGUUCAUCUCGAGCCCGACGUCUCCAACUGGAGGGCCGGAGCGAUUCUAUCCACGUCAAUGUCGCCUCUAUUCCCGCCUCGCCUUCAGAUCGUGCGGACCAGAACAAGCUCCUUAUGCUCUAUCAACCAAUGCCUUGAGUGGCUGGCCAAGGAAGUGUCGUGCUCCAUCCGUGAACCAAUGCCGCCACUCUGCCACCACGACGCGACAUGCUCGUUUCCAUUGGACUUGUCAAACGCCCUCGACAGGGGCCAGCUCCAAAUCUGUCCUGUUGCACCGUUGGUGAUCUUGACUGCAGCACCGCAUUCUAUUGAUAACAUGAAUUGAAUUGGCGCGGCACCCCC